GGUUGUUGCACUCACUUUCCCUGCCUCGUCAUUGUUGUAGUCAAAGUGUCUUUAGAGAGCACAAGUUAGAGCACACAAGCAGCCAUGUUCCCUGCCGUGCGACGAACACUCGCUGCGGCCCGCCUCGUGCAGGCACCCGCAGCACAGACCACCAAUGCCGCUGCAACCGCCGUGCGUGCCAUGAGCUCCAAGGUUCAGGGCUACGUCAUUGGUAUUGACCUUGGUACCACCAACUCGUGCGUUGCGGUUAUGGAGGGUAAGACCCCACGCGUGAUUGAGAACGCCGAGGGUGCCCGCACCACGCCCAGCGUCGUUGCCUUCACCGAGGACGGCGAGCGCCUUGUCGGCCAGCCCGCCAAGCGCCAGGCCGUGACCAACCCCAAGAACACGCUCAGUGCCACCAAGCGCCUCAUUGGCCGCCGCUUCGACGACCCCGAGACGCAGCGCGACCUGGAGACGGCCAGCUUUGAGAUUGUCAAGGCCAAGAACGGCGACGCGUGGGUGCGCGCCGCCGGCAAGGACUACUCCCCCAGCCAGAUUGGUGCCUUUGUUCUCAUGAAGAUGAAGGAGACCGCCGAGGCAUACCUCGGCACCGCCGUCAAGAACGCCGUCGUCACCGUCCCCGCCUACUUCAACGACUCCCAGCGCCAGGCCACCCGCGACGCUGGCGAGAUUGCCGGCCUCAACGUUCUCCGUGUCAUCAACGAGCCCACCGCCGCCGCCCUUGCUUACGGCCUCGACAAGGCCGAGGACAAGGUCGUUGCCGUGUACGAUCUUGGUGGCGGUACCUUCGAUGUGUCCAUCCUUGAGAUCCAGAAGGGCGUCUUUGAGGUGCUUGCUACCAACGGCGACACCUUCCUUGGCGGCGAGGACUUUGACAACCACCUUGUGCGUUACCUGAUUGACGAGUUCAAGAAGGAGCAGGGCGUGGACCUGGGCCGGGACAACAUGGCCCUUCAGCGCCUGCGCGAGGCCGCCGAGAAGGCCAAGAUUGAGCUCUCCUCCUCCAUGAACACGGACAUCAACCUGCCCUACAUCACCGUCGACGCGUCCGGCCCCAAGCACAUGAACCUCAAGCUCAGCCGCUCCAAGUUCGAGACCAUCGUCGGCGACCUGGUGCAGCGGACGGUUUCCCCCUGCGAGAAGUGCAUGAAGGACGCCAACCUCUCCCCCAGCGGCAUCAGCGACGUGCUCCUUGUCGGCGGCAUGACCCGCAUGCCCAAGGUGCAGGAGGUGGUGACCAAGGUGUUUGGCAAGCCCCCAUCCAAGGGCGUCAACCCGGACGAGGCCGUGGCCAUGGGCGCCGCCAUCCAGGGCGGUGUGCUUGCCGGAGAGGUCAGCGACGUGCUGCUCCUCGACGUGACCCCGCUCUCCCUCGGCAUUGAGACGCUCGGCGGCGUCAUGACCCGCCUCAUUGAGCGCAACACGACCAUCCCCACCAAGCGCAGCCAGGUGUUCUCCACCGCCGCAGACGGCCAGACGCAGGUUGAGAUUAAGGUGUUCCAGGGCGAGCGCGAGAUGGCCCUGGACAACCAGCUGCUCGGCCAGUUCAGUCUCGUCGGCAUCCCUCCCGCCCCACGCGGCACCCCACAGAUUGAGGUGACGUUUGACAUUGACGCAAACGGCAUUGUGAACGUGUCUGCCAAGGACAAGGGCACGGGCAAGGAGCAGCAGAUUGUCAUCCAGUCCUCUGGCGGUCUCUCCAAGGACCAGAUUGAGGACAUGGUUAAGCAGGCCGAGGCGCACGCUGAGGAGGACAAGCUGCGCAAGGAGCGCAUUGAGGCCGUGAACAACGCUGAGUCGAUUAUCCACGACACGGAGAAGAACCUGGACGAGUUUAAGGACGACAUUGAGGCCGACGCCGCCGACUCUGUGCGGGGCAAGAUCACGGAGCUGCGGGACAUGCUGAGCAACGCGGCGAGCAACACGGAGCUGACAGCAGAGGAGAUUCGUACCAAGGCCGGCGAGGUGCAGCAGGAGUCGCUCAAGGCCUUUGAGGUCGCAUACAAGAAGCGCGCCGCGAGCAACGAGGGCGGCAGCAGCGGCAACAGCGGCGCCAAGGAUGCCGACUUUGAGGACGUCAAGAAGUAGGCUCACCCCCCCCCCCUGGUUCCAACCUCAACUCCAAACUCCAAAAUCCAAUCCAAUCCAACUCCAAUCAACCAUCUGUCCAUCUUUGGUGCAGAGUGAUGUGUG